GGCACGGCCCAGGGAUCCACGCUGCCUCGCAGGAGAGGAGAUGGCGACUGUGGCGGGACAGACGGAUGCCUGGGCCCUACGCCUCAGGGCCCUGCUCCUGCCUCUGCUCUUCCUGGAGACAGCAGGUUCCCAGCUGCAGGUGACCACGGCGCCCUCCUCCACGGCCCGCGUGGGCUCGGGGGCCCUGCUGCAGUGCCGGUUUGAUAUCGGGGGGCCCGUGGCCCUGAACUCCCUGCAGGUGACGUGGUAUUUCUGGGAGGAGAAGGUGGCCUGGUACGACCAGGGCAGCAGAAAAGCCCUGCACAAAGCCAGCCUGCCAUCAGAGAAGGAGCUGCAGAGCGGAGACGCCUCCCUGUCGCUGGCUGCGGUGACCGUGCCCGAUGGGGGCUUGUACCGGUGUGUUGUGGGGUACGGGACGCAGCAGCACAAGGGGGAGACCACCCUACACCUGCUUGCUGCCCCCAUGAUCUCCAUCCCAAGAAAACCAGCUGUGGCCGAUGCUGAGACCUCCCUCCUGUGCCACAUGUGGGGGUUCUUCCCCAAGGACGUGGACGUGGUGUGGAUGAGAGAUGGGCAGGUCCUGAAGGGCUCCACCCUCUCCAGCCCCCAGAGGAACCCAGACGGGACCUUCAACCUCACCCUGACCUACACCUUCACACCCACCCUCAGCGACGCCGGCAGCAUCUUCUCCUGCCACAUCCGCCACAAGGCUCUGGAGCAGCCCAUACAGGAGGAUGUCUCCCUGGACAUCCUAGCGGGGGAUCGGACUGGUGCCGUGGUUGGAGCCGUCCUGGGGAUCCUGCUCGGAGCAGGAGCUGCGGCUGCUGCAGCCAUUUACUUCUGGAGGAAGAGAAAAAAAGCCUGGCAUCCACACCCUCUGGACCUGGGUGAAGUCUCCCACCUGCAGGCCCUGGUCUCUGGGCAUCCAUGGACCCUGCGUGCUUGA